AUGCAAAACCACCCUUCUUCUUCUCUUAUGCAUUCCAUCACCAUGGAAGAACAACAACAACAACCAAAGCUCAUCAAAGAUCAUGGCUCCAAGGACAAGAACCACACCAUGCACACACCCAAUCCCAACCCUUCUCAAACCAUCAUGAGACUGGCUUCACUUGCCAUCGGCUUCAACGUGAGGUUGAAAUCAUCUGACAUGCCUGCCCACAUGCAGGAACAUGCUCUUCGUCACACUAGAUCACUCCUUUCUCUUUCAACUCCUUCUCCAAAGCUCUCUAACACUCUCAUAGCUAGAGCUCUCAAAAAGGAGUUUGACACGAAGUAUGGACUGGCCUGGCAUUGCGUGGUAGGGAAGAGUUUCGGGUCCUUUGUGAGUCACACUGGUGGAGGGUUCAUCUACUUCUCAAUUGACUCACUUUCUGUUCUUCUCUUCAAAACUGAGGUUCAUUUGGUCAGACAACCUCCUUCUCUUUAAUUGUAUGUACUUUUGGUUAAUUCUUUUAACUAAUGUUUCUUAAAAGUAUUUCAUGUAUCAAUGACAACUCAGGUUGAGUCUUUAAUAGCUUAAUGAAUGAAUGGCUCUGACUACCGGGUGCAUAACAUGUUACCAUGUUCUUCUAAAGGUUGACAAGUUCUUGUGAAACACCAGGCACAGUGAAACUUCUGUGCAUGCAUGUCAAGAAGUUGUGUUAAUGGAUUGCUUAAGGAAGCUGAGAUUUUAGUUGAUUGGUCAUAUUUGGCGUGGUUUCCUUAAUUGUUUAUUCUGUUUCUUUUCUUAAAAACUGAAGCCUAUAAAUGAACAGUGUUUUUGGCAUGCUGUCUAUUGGUAGUAGUAACAGAACACCGACCACAAGAAUUUGCAAUUUAUCCUUAUUAACUAAAAGUUGGUGAACUUUUUCCACUAUUGAUCUCAUUUAUUUUGGCUUGUCCCCAUUUCUACUUUCCUACUAU